AUGGUUGCGUUCUGGGGCGCAUUGGGCUUUGCAGACGUGGAAUUGCCGGCCCCAUUGACCUGGGGCGUGGUGAAGGGAAUUCUCCUUCGCCACUUUCGGUGGUGGGCUACUCAGGCGGAUAUAUUUAACAGUGAUGGCACUCUUAACCUGGGGUACUCGUACGCCAAUAUGUCCCUGACAGAGAACUACAAUUCCCCUGGAUCGCCAUAUUGGUGUUGUCUCUCAUUCGUCCCCCUGGCGCUGCCAGAGACGCAUCCCUUCUGGGCGGCCCCAGAAGAGCCCUAUCCGAGCGAUGACUUACCUGAAGUUGUAGCUCUCAAAUACCCCAAGCACAUUGCCGUCCGGUGUGGCGGGCAUUCGUUCCUGCUGUCAUCUGGACAGGCGUGUCACUACCCAGUGAAGGCGACGCAAGCCAAGUACGGCAAGUUCGCAUACAGCUCUGCCUUUGGAUAUUCUGUACCCACGGGGUCAUAUCAACUGGAGCAGCAUGCCCCCGAUAGCAUGUUGGCAUUAUCGGAAGACGGGGGCGAGAUCUGGCAGACGCGGCGAUUGGCGCUGGAUGCCCGAUUCGAGCAGCCAGAUCCUGACGGUCUACCUACGUUGGUUUCAAGCUGGAAUCCUUGGCCGGAUGUCGAGGUCGAGACUAUAUUGAUUCCACCAGCACAGGAAAACGGGAACUGGCACUUGCGCGCACACCGCGUGCGCACCGGUAGAGCCCUUCAGACAUCCGAGGGCGCCUUUGCUAUUUACGGGUGUCGUAGCGACAACGGCCGCAUCUUGGGACCAUUGAGUAAUCAUGUGGACUCGUCUGAGGGGACGGUGCAUGACAUGCGCUCUGCACUGGUCGUGUCCUCGGUAGGAGCGGUAGGCAUUGCUGAGUUGCAGUCGGGCAUUGCGCGGACAGGGCGGAUUGUGUUCGCAGAUCCGAACUCGAACCUUCUCCAUGGUCGUACACUGCUGCCGUCUCUGGCAAUGAACGUGGUACCUGGACAAGAGUGUUGGUUCGUCUCGGCAGUUUGUGCCCUGCCCGACCAAAACCGGCAGAGGGACUGGCGCAGCGUGUGGGAGCAGAAGCCGACCAUUCCAGGGUGGCUGGCGAAGCGAAUGCAGAAUUGA